AUGGACAUCAGACUACUGCGGUCUUCCGACAUUCCGCAUGUCCAGCAAACCAACAUCACGAAUCUGCCCGAGAAUUAUUUUUGCAAGUACUACCUCUACCAUGCCCUGAGCUGGCCGCAGUUGAGUUAUGUGGCCGUGGAUGUAUCACGGCCGAAGAAGACUCCCUACGAUGCCCCCAAAAUUGUAGGCUACGUCCUCGCCAAGAUGGAGGAAGACCCCUCGGAUGGAAUUCAGCACGGCCACAUCACCUCCCUCAGCGUAAUGCGCACGCACCGGAGAUUAGGUCUGGCGGAGAAACUGAUGAAGCAGAGUCAGCGAGCGAUGUACGAGACAUACGGCGCUGUCUACGUCUCUCUACAUGUGCGUGUAUCGAACGUGGCUGCCCUGGCACUGUACAGAGAUACUCUUGGUUUCAAAGUCGGCGGCACGGAAGCAAAGUACUACGCCGACGGCGAGGAUGCGUACAGCAUGCGCAUGGACCUUGACUACCUGCGGGAGGAGGCAGAUAGCUCCGAAGAUGAAGGAACUGUCGGGAAGGACGAAGGCGGUGAAGUCGGAAGUGCUGGCAAGGCCGGUGACGGCGUUGACGCUGGCAAGACGAAGGAAAAGAAGCGGAAAGUGAAGGUCGGAAGGCAGCUUGGGGUUGGAGAGUUGGUGGAGAAG